AUGGUGGCCACUCUCACUCGCAGUGCUUCCAUGCUCACAUCCCUCAUCUCCGACGUCAUUGGGGUGGCCCAACGGCAAGAGAUCAAUCUCGUGCUGGAGCACCGUCCGUUCGAUCUAAGGCGAAUGCUGCACGACGCGGCGUCCCUGGCAUGGCCCAUGAUGCGAGCCAAGGGACUGAGCUUCUCAGUGGUGAUUGCGAGGGAGGUGCCUCGGCACGUGGUGGGGGAUGAGCGGCGAUUGCUGCGCGUGGUGCUGCACAUCAUAGGCCAUGCCAUUGACUCCACGCAUGAGGGAACCAUUUCUGUGGCUGCAGGGCUAUCAGACGGCAGUCACGGGCCGGCACGGAAGCCACAUAUCGAGCAUCCUUCACAUGCCUUCCACUCAGCUAUCUCCCGUCAGGACCAUGUACGAGUGCGAAUCACAGUCACAGACUCAGGAGGGGAGGAGUCCAAGCAGGCCCUACUCCACCGCUUUGAGGAAGCAAGGGAGCGGGAGCAGCUGCUAAAGGGGCAGGCUAUAGAGGGGAUGAAGGCCCUGGGGCAGGAUCCAUCAAACGUGGGCAUAGGGCUGUUUCUAUCUGGGCCGGAGGAGGGUUCGGUGGGGUGCACACGUGUGCAGGGAGGGAUGGAGUCACAGGGGAGGUUGGGGUCGCAAGGGGGAAUGGAAUCGCAGGACCACAGGGUCAGUCGGACGUCCAGCAACGAGAGCUCCUACAGCCGAGCCUCACACACCCAGCCUCCUGCACAGAUGCCCCACCCUCUUUCGCCCGACCCUCUGGCUUCCCACCCCCUGGCAUCCCACCCCAUGGUUUCCCACCCUCUCACUCAACCUCUGCCCGACACAACAAGCCGUCUCAGAGACACCACGUCUAGGGAUACUGUUCCCUCGGCACAGUCCCACCUCCCCCAGUCUGACCCGGGCGACGCUUCAGCUGCAGCAGCUGUGGAAGUUUCUGCUGCAUUAGCAGCUAUUGAAGCACCUCAAAGAUCGGCAGCAGAGGAUUUGAGGGAGGCGGAGGCAGCAGAGGCGGAGAGGGAGCGGCAGGCGAGGAUAAGCGAGCAGUUCGUCGCUCCCUCCUGCGCCAUCUGUCAGAAGCUACUCCUGCUCAUGGACGGGCAUUACUGGAACGCCACCCAGCCUGCUGAUCCCGGCGCUGCUACUGCGUUUUCUCUUGUGGAAGACAACGUGGCCAAUCGCAUCGCGACACAUCAGCUGCUCCUGUCGCUGCACUGCCACGUCACCCUAGCCGCCAGCACACAGGAGUGCCUGUCAAUUCUCUCGGGCAGCAGGAAGAGCCCGUCAGCCUCCCCCAUUGCAGACAUUGUUCUUCUGGAUAUCUGCAUGCCCGAUGUCGAUGGGCUUGAAGCAGCCCGCUGCAUACACAAGAUGUUCCGGUGA